AUGAGGGGAUUUUCGCUUAUUCCUCGCCAGUUUCGUGGGGACGCGGACGAUGCUGGAGAGCCUGGAUGGCUCAGUCGACAGGUGACGGGAGCGCUGCAGUCGGUCUCGCUGAGGGCCUGCAGACACCCCAUACACACGAUCGUUGCCAUUGCGCUGCUCGCGAGUACCACCUACGUCGGUCUUCUGGACGGCAGCCUGGUCGAGUCGAGCAAUGGGGCCGGCGCCGGCCAGGUCGACGUAGCGUCAAUCGUGGGCGGAGGCAGGAAUCUACACCUGGGCCAGGAUACGCAGUGGAGAUGGCAGGUCGACAAUUCAGCUCAGGUUGAUACCAAAAAGGUGUCACAGCAUCUUGCCAUUGCAACCUUUGUGUUCCCCUAUUCGUCCUCUGGGUCACCACAGUCUCCUCCCCUUGCAGAGAAUGUGCCGCUGCCGGCCAACAGCUCUGCCAAACUCAUCCCGUAUACCCCCAAUGUUCUCUCGCCCAUUUCACAAGAUACGCACCUGGCCUACUCGCUCCCGUUCGAUGAAAUACCUUACUUCCUCAGGUCAGUGCAGGAGAUCCCUGACUCUGUCAAUGACCCCGAAGGCAUUGAGCAGAAGAAAUGGAUUAUGAAGGCUGCGCGCAGCUCGGUCUCCGGGUCUCAUGUUGCCAUGCGCAAUUGGUUCUCUGAUGGAUGGAACUCCUUUGUUGACUUGAUCAAGGUAUUUUUCUCUCCCUCCUAG